AUGGCUGUGCGACAGUCAAGUGAUUUGGCAAAAUUCAAAGAAUGCUUAAAGCAAGCUAAAGAUGUUGUGAUACUUUCUGGUGCCGGUAUAAGUGCCGAAUCUGGUAUACCAACAUUUCGAGGAGCUGGUGGUUUCUGGAGAAAAUACCAGGCAUCCUCAUUGGCGACUCCAGAAGCCUUUCAAACUAGUCCAAGUUUGGUUUGGGAAUUUUACCACUACAGGCGAGAAGUCGCUGCGAAAGCUCAACCUAACGCUGGUCAUAUGGCAAUUGCUAAGUAUGAAUCAAACCAUAGUUCAGAUAAAAAUGUUACCAUUAUUACACAAAAUGUUGAUGGUUUGCAUGCAAGAGCUGGCACAAAAAAUCUUAUAGAGUUACAUGGUAACCUGUAUAAAACCCGCUGUACUAAAUGUAAAGAAGUUCUUGUGAACUUUGACAGCCCUAUUUGUGAGGUAUUAGCUGGUCGUGGAGCUCCAGAUACCAAUGUAGUGGGUUCUGAUAUACCUGUUAAAUCAUUACCACAUUGCAAGAAAAGUAACUGUGGAGGUCUACUUAGACCUCACAUUGUGUGGUUUGGUGAAGGCCUGGAAUCUGCUGUGCUAAAGAAAGCUGAACAAGCUAUGGACAGAUGUGAUGUCUGUCUUGUUGUUGGCACAUCAUCGGUUGUAUACCCAGCAGCUAUGUUUGCCCCACAAGCAGCAGCCAGAGGUGCCGUAGUAGCUGAAUUUAAUAUAGAAACAACUCCAGCCACACCCGAUUUUCAUUAUUACUUUGAGGGACCCUGCGGAACAACUCUGCCUAAAGCUUUAGAGGAUUGA